UAAGGCUAGAACCUCUCAUAUUUCUCUCCUCUCUGAGAGAUACAUAUUCUAAAUUCCCAACCAUAACAAUCAGAAAAGACCAUCCUAACUACAAAAGCUCUCAGAUUACAUAUAUAUAUCAAACACUUCGCAGACCUUGUUGAAGCAACCCCUAGUUGGAAACCCACUUUCUGCAACAUCAUUACGACGAUCAAACCCAACUAGGAAAAAAGAACACCACCUUUCUUGAUUCUCUGCAAAUAUUGGAAUAAAAGAAGGAAGAAAGACCAGAAACAUGGAGAUUGAGAUGGUCAAGUGCGAGUGUUGUGGACUAAAAGAGGAUUGCACGCAAGACUACAUCACUCAAGUGAAAGCGAAAUUCGACGGCAAAUGGCUCUGUGGGUUGUGCUCGGAAGCAGUAAGAGACGAGGUUAGCAAAGGCAAGAAGCCAUUCGGCAUGGAAGAAGCUGUGAGAGCUCACAUGUCAUUUUGUGCAAAAUUCAAAUCCAACCCUGCAGUUCGAGUUGCAGAUGGGAUGAGGCAGAUGCUUAGAAGAAGGUCAGACAUGUCCUCAUCAUCGUCAUCUUCGUCUUCAUCGAAGAAGUAUACAAGAUCAUCAAGCACAUCCCAAGUGGGUGAUUCGUCUUCUUUCUCAUUGUACUAAUUCAGACAGAGUUGGCCGGCAGGGCAUGUUAGUUUCUUGGUUGAAAUAAUAUAUUAAGGUAGUGUUUCUUGUA